CUUAGCUUUACGGUGACAACAACUAUGGCCGCUGCCGGUGGUAGAUUUGAAAGUGCGAAGAGUAUUGAGGAGCGUAAAGAACAGACCCGGAUCGUCAGGGCCGAGGUGCUGCGUCAGGCUAAAGCCAAUUUUGAAAAAGAAGAAAGACGUAAAGAACUUAAGCGACUUCGGGGUGAGGAUACAUGGAUGCUACCUGAUGUGAAUGAGCGAAUUGAACAAUUCUCACAGGAACACUCUGUGAAGAAAAAGAAGAAAAAAGACAAACACUCAAAAAAAGUAAAGAAAGAGAAGAAAAAAAAGAGCAAGAAACAGAAAUGUGAAAAAUACAAUGAGUCAUCUGACAGUUCAUCAAGCUCUGAAGAUGAGUGGGUUGAAGCUGUUCCACCUCAGACUCUUGGCAAGGAAAAGGCCUGGAGAGUGAAAGGUGAAAAGUCAGAACAAAAAGAUGACGACCAAGUUAUUCAGAGGGACGAAUGGAUGACUGUUGAUUUUAUGUCUGUUAAAACUGUGUCAUCAUCAUCACUCAAAGCUGAGAAGGAAACAAUGAAGAAAAUAGAGCAAGAGAAAACUCAAGCACUUGAGCAGUCCAAACUCCUGGAAAGAGAAUUGAAUCCAUAUUGGAAGGAUGGUGGGACAGGUCUUCCCCCAGAAGACUGUAGUGUAUCAUCGAUUACUAAAGUUUCAGUGGUAGAAGAUGGUGGAUUGAGCUGGCUAAGGAAGUCUUACCAAAGAAUGAAGGAACAAGCUGAGAAACAAAACAGAAAUUUUGAGGAUGUUGUAGCUGAAAGAUACGGGUCAAUGGAAAUAUUUCAGUCGAAAUUAGAAGCAGCUGAAAAAACUGUAUCUACAAAAGAAGAUUAUAGACGAGAACAGUGGAAGAAACCAGCAUUUUCAGAUAAAGCACAAAAUAGUCAAGAAAGUAGAAAAUCAGACUUAGUAAAACAUAACAGUUCAAGGGAUAGAUACACUACAAUGGAUAUUACAAACAACAGCAAUAAAGGGAAGUUUAGUGGUGAUGAAAAAGGUAAGAAAUCUGAAUCUUUAGAAACAUGUAGAAGAGAAUCCAACCCAUGGCAGAGUCAAGAGUUUUCUUCCCUUGGAAAUCUGAGACCUAAGUUUUUAAGACCCUCUGAUGAUGAUGAACUAUCAUAUCACAGCAAGGGCAGAAAUUUUGAACCAGCUAGUUCAUCUUCAGCAUUGGUAGCUCGGGGUUCUUUGCAUUGUGGUUUUCGAAAACCUACUGAGGUGAGUGAAGAACGUUUAACAUCGUGGAGUCAGUCUGAUGGAACAGGAGACAAGAAACAUUCAAAUGAAAAGCCACUGGAAACCAGCAGCAGUGUUGAAUACCGGCACAUUCCAGAAGAUGCGAGAGAAAAAUCACAAGGCAGAAGCUUGAGAGAUGAAUAUCUGCGGGAUGCAAAGUCUACAUCUGCGAGUCCAGAAGAUGGGUCUGUCCACAUCCUGAGUGUUGAUGAGAAGAACAAUUUGGGAGCCAAGAUUAUCAAGGCAGAGAUGAUGGGGAAUAUGGAAUUAGCUGAACAGCUUAAAUCUCAACUAGAAAAGGCAAAUAAAUUCAAAGAAACUAUAACACAGAUAUCAAGAAAAUCUGGAGAAGAGAAUGAAGACGAGCAAGAAGUGAUCCUUGUUAGAACAGAUCAGUCUGGAAGAGUAUGGCCUGUGAACACACCAGGAAAAUCUCCGGAACCAAAAGGAGGAAGAAGAAAGAGACAGAUGGUUUCAACCCAUGAGGAAAAAGAAAGGGUCAGAUACUUUCAUGAUGAUGAUAAUCUAAGCCUAAACGAUUUAGUCAGAAAUGAAAAGAUGGGAACAGCAGAAAAUCAAAACAACCUUUUUAUGAGAAUGGCAUCUAAGUUUAUGGGAAAAGCAGAUGGAGACUAUUAUACUCUGGAUGACAUGUUUGUCUCCAAAGCAGCCGAGAGAGAAUGUCGCAGCGAAGAAGAGAAACAGAGGAGGAAAGCUGUUGCUGAGCAUCGGAAUCUUGCUGCACAGAUGGAGAAAUGUCUGUAUUGUUUUGACAGCUCUCAGUUUCCCAAGCACCUUAUUAUUGCAAUAGGACUUAAGGUUUACUUAUGUUUACCCAACUCCUGCUCUCUCACUGAGGGUCACUGCCUGAUAGCCCCUUUGCAGCACCACAGAGCAGCUACUUUAUUGGAUGAAGACAUCUGGGAGGAAGUUCAGAUGUUCAGGAAAUCAUUGGUAAAGAUGUUUGAAGAUAAAGGAUUGGACUGUAUCUUUUUAGAAACUAAUAUGCGUACCAAGAGACAGUCCCACAUGGUUUAUGAAUGUAUUCCUCUCCCAAAGGAGGUGGGAGAUAUGGCUCCUAUCUAUUUUAAGAAAGCCAUAAUGGAAUCUGAUGAAGAAUGGUCCAUGAAUAAGAAGUUGAUUGAUCUCUCUUCAAAAGACAUCAGGAAGUCUGUUCCCAAAGGCUUACCUUAUUUCUCUGUGGAUUUUGGCCUCCGAGGAGGGUUUGCCCAUGUCAUUGAAGAUCAGCACAAAUUUCCUCCAUACUUUGGAAAGGAAAUCAUUGGUGGGAUGUUGGAUAUAGAACCAAGACUUUGGAGGAAAGGAAUCCGAGAAAGCUUUGAGGAUCAGAGGAAGAAGGCGCUACAGUUUGCUCAGUGGUGGAAACCAUAUGACUUCACCAAAAGUAAAAAAUGUUGAGGCCUAACUUUGAUUUUUAAUUUUCUCUUCAGAUCCUGUUCAGUUUUAUUUCCAUUAUAUAUCACUGAACACUUGACCCUCGGAUCAUAGAAAGAGAUUGACAGCAGCAGACUGCUCUGGGUUCCUGACAACUCAUGCAGUUGUAGUGUUUUCUUCCCCACCUGCUCCUAAAGACUUCAUUCAUUUCACUGACUUCCACAUUGUCUGUGUAUGUGUACAUUGGACGGCCUGCUCACAUUCCUGGUCUGUCCAUACUUGGUGUUCUGAACUAGUCAGUUAAUUUAGAAAAGGGCUUUUCUGGAGGAGUAUUUAGGAGCAUAGAAAAAUCCUUGGUUCAGGGAGAAAUGGGUCUGCUUCAAGGUUAAGUCUGUUGCUUGGCAUGUUUUAGAAUAAGACAGUAAUAAUUGAAAUUUUUUCCAUUUUAGAGAAGAGAUCUUAGCGUUUUAUAGAACAGAUCUUAAUUUUCUACUUGCAGCAUAUAGUAUCACCACUGUUCUUUUUGUUAAAGGGAAAAGAAUGUCUCAAAGUAUUAAAAAAUUAAAUAAUA